CCGAGGUGCUUGGCGCGUUGUCCUCCCUCGUGGCCUUUGCGGUGCUGAUGCUGAUCUUUUUCGUCUACCUCAGCAACAAGCUGUCAGCGCAGAGUGCCUCCAGCCUCCCUGUUCUGGACAGCCCCACAGGGGACCAACAAGCGACGUAAGGCAUGGCGAUGCCACGCGGUGACGCCGACCUGCCCGUCGGGCCCCUGUGAUGCGCGACUAGCGUGUGCUAUAGCCCGUUGUCGGGCGACAACCACGACGACCACAAAGGCAAGGCCGGGGGGCGGGCGGGGGUCUUCACCAUGGCCUUCUUCAAGAGCUUCCAGCAGAACCUGCCCACCGUCAACAUCACCUCCCUGCUGGACUCGGUGAGCAGCCGCGUGGACGACCUGGCCACCGCCGUCAGCGACGCCACCUACAACGUCAGCGACCAGCUGACGGAGCAGGUCAGCACCAUCAUCGGCAAGGUGCAGGACGAGGAGGAGGACGGCGAGGACGGGGGCGGAGGCGAGGCGGGGACCCGCAAGGCGCGGGCCAACGCCGACCGCGGGAGCUCCUGGGGCGCCCAGCAGGCGGACGCCGGCGCCUCCUCUUCCGCCGGCGGCGGAGGGGACGAGAACGUCGGGAGCAACAGCCAGCUGGAGUGGGAGUGGCGCGACGGGUGCUGGCGGGUGAAGCGCACGGAGGAGGAGAUAGCGGAGGAGGAGAAGAAGAAGGCGGAGCAGCAGGCGUUGCAGGAGGAGAAGGAGAAGAGGCGGAAGGAACGGAGGGCGAAGCAGCAGGAGAAGGAGGCGGAGUCCCAGUCCCUGCAGGGCGCGGUCCAGGGGGAGAAGGUGGACGGAGAGUCCCUGGAAGAACCCCACAGGUCCCCCCGCAAGGCCGGGGAGGAUGGACACAAAACAGACAAGUCUAGCCAGGAGACCCCUGAGACGGCCGGCCAGGCAAGGGAGGGAGAGGAGGAGGGAGAGGAGGAGGAACCAGACAAGACUAAUCAAGGACAGGUCGGAGAGGAGGGGGAGGAUGAGGGGGAGGAGGAGGAGCAGCCAACGAAGAAGAAAAAGUCCCUGAGGAAGAAGGCCAAGGAGAGCUCGGAGAAGCCCAAGAAGAAAGAGAAAGAGGAGAAAGAGAAGAAAAAAGAGAAGAAAAUCAAGAAGAAGAAGAAGAAGGCGGGGAAAGCAGGGGGCGUGUCAGACAGCGAGGAGGACCGGGAUCCCGAGGCCCAGAUCCCACAGAAGCCGGUGUCCGCCUGGGACAACAAACACAAACAGUCGGCCGACCAGGAGGGUUACAGCAGCGAGGCCUCGAGUGGUCACGCCAACCGCAUCCAGAGGAUCAAGCGCGAGUCUCCGCUCAACGAGCUCCAGCCGCCGCCGUACCAGAACACGCCGGAACGCCUCUCCCACUCGGGCUCACGCACACGCUCGGGGCGUGGCGGACGGACGGGUGGCGGACGGACGGGCUCGUCCCCGGAGCGCUGCUCCAGCGAGGCCAGCGUGGACCAGGACACGGAGAGCUACCUCAACAAGGGCUAUGACGAGGACGUGCCCAGCGACAGCACCGCCGUGCUGGGCCCCGAGGACGGCUCCGGGCCCCGGCUCCCCGCCCUCUACGAGCCCGAGCCGCUGGCCAAGUACGGCACGCUGGACGUGGCCUUCGAGUACGACGCGGGCCAGCAGUGGCUGGCCGUCACCGUCACGGCCGCCACCGACAUCCCGCCGCCGCGUCAGGCGGGCAACGUGGCGUGGCAGGUGCACCUGGUGCUGCUGCCCACCAAGAAGCAGCGGGCCAAGACGGGCGUGCAGCGGGGGCCCUGCCCCGUGUUCACCGAGACCUUCAAGUUCAGCCGGCUGACGGCCGAGGCGCUGGUGGACCACGCCGUGCGCUUCCGCCUCUACAGCGUGCAGCGCAUGAAGAAGGAGCGCGUGCUGGGCGAGAAGGUCUUCUACCUGACCAAGCUCAACCUGCAGGGCAAGAUGGCGCUGCCCGUCACGCUGGAGCCCGGCUCCGAACUCACGGGCUGCGGCUCUCUGGUGAGCGUUUCGCGCUCCGCCGGCGCGCUGUCCUACCGCUCCACGGGGGAGUCCUGCGCCCCCGAGAUCCUGCUGGGGCUGAUCUACAACGCGUCCACGGGCCGCCUGUCGGCCGAGGUCAUCCAGGGCAGCCAUUUUAAGACCGCCGUCUCCGACAAGCCCACGGACGGCCUGUUUUGUUGUAUAAAGCACGUCGUAGGAGGGCAGCUCUAUGUCAUGAGAGACACCUACGUCAAGCUGGUCAUGCUGGACUCCAAGGGCAAGGAGAUGUCCAAGUGCAAGACUGGGGUGUGCCGCGGCCAGCCCAACCCCACCUACAAGGAGAGCUUCGUGUUCCAGGUGGCCCUGUUCCAGCUGUCGGAGGUGUCGCUGGUGGUGUCGGUGUUCUGCCGGCGCAGCAGCCUGCGGCCGCGGGAGCAGCUGGGCUGGGUGUCCCUGGGCCUCAACAGCACCGGGGAGGAGCAGCAGGCCCACUGGAGCCAGAUGAAGGAGGCCGAGGGCCAGCAGGUCUGCCACUGGCACGUCCUCACCGACACAUAGUGGGGGGGGGGGGGGGGGGGGGACUCAUCCCUUUGAGUCCGCAGGGAUGGACGUGUGUUGUUGUGAGUGUGAGGGGGGGGGGUUGUGGGUGGUGGUGGUGAUGGAGGUUAAGUUAGGUCGGUGGCGGUGCUGGGUUAGGUUUGUGUGCAAGGUCCGGGCAUGUCUGUCCGGGUUUCCUGGAGGCUGCUUUAGACGAACUGUCGAUGUGGACUCAGCCGGCCGCGCUGGGAGUGACAGGUGGGCUUUCUGGAUGGACGUGGUAAAGGCUCAGCCCGGGGGGCUUCUCGCCGACGUGGAAUGACAUCCACCUGGGCGAACCGACGGGAGGCAUAGACCUCGAUCCACUCAUCGAAAGGACAGAACCAAAAUGCAACUGUUUUUGUGCGUGGGUGUGCGUGUGCGUGUGCGUGUGCGUGUGUGUGUGUUUUCCAAUGACCUUGAAAUUGCAUGUACCUGUUUACAGAACCUUUAUUAAGCGACUUCCAGCUGAAUCACAGUCAAACGUUUUGGAUUGUUGGUUUUUUCCGUACGUAUCAUGGACCAAAGAGCUGGAUCUGGGACUCCUCCCCAUUUCUACCAGGCUUUUUCGUGGACUCGGGCUGAUACCAGCAUACCACACAUUUCUCUAUUAACCACAGCCGCCGACCAGCCGUCAAUGCUUUUAAAGACUGUUCUGAAACGUGGCCUGUGAUACGCUGCAGCUUCUAUUGCUUUACAAGUUGUGCUUUAUGAUACAAUGUGUUUACAUGCAGCCUGGAGAGUAUCCGAUCCAAUAGGCUUUUUUGUUUUGUACCACUCUGCUUCUCUUUUUAGAUUUUUUACCAGUGAAAUGAUCAGUCAACAGGUUGGAAAUGGUUUCAGGGUUGUGUUUGCAAGAUACGUGUGACACUUUUUUUUUUGCCAUUCUUUUUGUUUUUAAAACUAUGCAUCCAACAUCACUUUAAUCACAAGGGUGCGGUGGUUUUGUCUUCUUCCUGCCAACAAAGGUAUAGGAAACUAGUCUGCAUGCCACUGUUACAAUUUGUGGAUUCUGGUGUGUUUUGGCUGUGUCGGUGUGUGGUUACUGCCAGAUGGGGAGCUCUGAUUGGUCGCCCCCCUGACAGGCCAGACAUCCAUCCAUGCUUAGUCGUGUAGAAACACGGCGCUUCCCCGUUCAGGAGGAAGUAAUGCACAGACCUGUACAGCGUCUCUGGCUCUGACAGCAGUGUUCCUCCCAGAGACAGCCCCUGCCGACAGAGGGUUUACACUUUCUACUUCAUUUCCAGUGUGAGUGACACGAGGACUUGAGGACAUGCCGCCUCCAGAUAGACAGUUAAAACAGUCCGUCUGGGAGUUAAAGAUAGAACAAAAAGCUUUUUGAUUAAAUCUUUUUUUGGACUUUUGUUGAAGAAGACCAUGCUCUUACAUCUGCUGUUUGGGAUGAAACAGAUGCAUGGGGAGUGGCCAAAUUGCCACACACACACACACACACAAACUAACAAUGUCGUUGGAGUGUGUUGCAGCACAGCCAUCUUCUCAGUCAGAGCUAAACCCCCCCCACCCUCCCCAUUACAGUGGUGUCAGAGCUAACCCACCUCCGCUGGGUUAGGGGUGCUAUAACCAUCCCAUAAUGUAUCCUCCCCAUAGAGGCCUCAAGUUCCUCAUGCACCCAUCCCCUGAAUCCUAGGUCAUGAGGAAAAUCAUUCAAUGGACCACUUGGCCUCAUCAUUGGAACCAGGGGCAUAAGUAACCUGAUAAGUUUAAUCUCUGAAUGAGUUCAUGGAGUCAAAGAAGGUUCAAGUUCUUUUGUUUAAUUUAAUUUCAUCCGGGCUUUUUUUAGGCGUGUUUGUUACACUUUCCAUAUCAGGCUGGCAUGAUGCAGUGGCAGGGCAGUGCCUUUACAGGUGGACCCCUCCCCCCGCCCCCCCCCCCUUCCCUCAGAGCCGUGGAUACAGCCUCUGGGCAGCGGUGUCCCAGCUCCACACUCUACAGAAUGUCUGUGGUCCUCUAACCCCAAACCCCCCCUCCCUCCAGGGCUCGCAGCCAUGGAAGACCAGCUGUGCCACCAUUCCUUUUGGAGCAAGAAGCAGGACAGUAAAGAACGAAAUGCUUAGGGGAGAUAAGAUCAAUUGCACCUUUUUAUGACAUCAGCUGACCCUAGACCCAGGCCUGAGGAUGGCGGCGUUAACGAGGUCCCCGGAGCAACCCAAGUAAUAGAUCGUCAACGGGGGGGGGGGGGGGGGAGGGGUCAGGAUGUGUCGUCUAUAAGCGAAGACCAACUUGUUUUAUGGAGUGUGGUCCUGCAGGAAGCCAGCCCUUUUUUGGGAACGUCUGUCGUCUUGCCACAUUUCCCAGAGCACAGGGCGAGAUCGGUUUUCCAUGGCGCUUCAAUUAAUUGCACAGAGGGGGUGCCGUCAACUCAAGGGAUACACACAGGAGAAUAGGAACUAUUUCUAAGUAUUGCAAAUUCAUUUUGUAGUAUUGCAUGUGUUUGUUUUAUUUAAAGAAAAUAAUAUUUUCUUGCAGAGGGAAUCUUCCAAGUUAAGAUUCCUUUCCGUUUUUUUUUUAAAUAAAUUCACGAAAUAUACAGACACUAUGGGCUCUAGGGUUUUUUAAAAAAAAAAACAAGUCUUGUAGUUUAAAAAGUCACAUGAUCCAUAGGGCCUCUUGAA